CUACGCUGCGUAAUAAUAAUAACAAGCUGGCUUUGUCGUGUACUACUACUGAUGCUGACACCCAAUCCACACAUAGUUAGUUAUUUUCAAGACCUUCAUUUUCAUCAGCAUGUUCAAGGCCAGUUUCAUCAUGGUCAUAGAACAAUUAAUUUAUCUUUUGUAUGAAGAAACCUCUGACCUCUGGCGCUGACCUCUGACACUGGCCCGGCCAGCCAUCUCUGCCUUCUCUUCUUCCUCGCUUCGUCUCUCCUCUCUCUCUCUGAUCCUCAACGUCCCAUUGCAUUGCACUGUUGUUCACCAUCCUUCGACCAACAUCUUCCUCGAUUCUGUCGUCUUCUUGAUCAUCUCGCUCUCUUCUAUCUCUCCUCUCCUUUCCUCUCUGCUCCCGUUAACCAGACUCUCUCUCCCUCUCCCUCUCCCUCUCCCUCUCUCUCUCUCGCCUUGGCCCCUCUCUAGAAAGUUCAGACCCAAUCCCGACCUCCCCACGCUUGCUCCUCUGUCAACCCCACCUCACUCCUUUUCGCAGCCCAUCCGUCGUACAGUCCCGUCAAAUAAAACACCAUUGACUUCAUUAUUGCUAUUUCUCCCAGCCCAAACUCUAACCUCGUCUUCGAAUCCCCUUCUCAUUCUCUAGUGUUUUGAGUCCUCUUUUCGCUACUCCCUCUUUCUUGCUUUCUCUCUUUUCUACCCAGUUCACUCCCCGGUAGGACCAUUAGAUCUUCAUAUUCUCUACUUGGUGCCUCCUUUUUUUGUGUAGUGUGUCUGUGACCUACUAUCAAUCUUUUCAUUCCGUCCGUCCACGAAGUCCUGUCCGACCCCCCCCGUUUUCGCCCUCGAACUGCUACGCUCCCUUUUCCCACACCACACAGAAUCGAAGUUGACAGCGAAAACGAAUUCGUAGGAACAAGAGAAGGAAAGGAAAAGAGAGGAUCUGAAGGGAAGAGCCAGCAAGCCUGAAACACUCCCCGUUUUUACACCUUUAUCAGCCGAUAAGAAGCCAGUCAACCCCCAAAACAACUAAAACAGCCGUUCACGACGAUGCGAUAGAAUACUCUCUGCGCUUCUCUCCAACCUUCAACCUUCCCCCGGAUACUCCCCCUUUCUUUUCUCCACUUCCCAAGGGAAGAUAUCAAUCAAACCAUGUACUCUUCUCGAUCUACUAUUCCGCUAACGGCCAACUCAAAGCCCGUUUUGCAUGCGAAACCUGGCACUUUCGCUGCUGCUUUCCACUACACUGAAGACGAAACGCCCUCCCAGGACGACUCUCAGUACCACUCCACCAACGACCACUCCUAUCACGAAGACAUGGCAAGACAUCAUGGAAACGAUGGAUAUGUUACGAAUAAUAACAGGGGAGCUGAAGAAGUAUAUAACUCUCCAGGAGAAUCUCAGCCUGCGCUAUACGUUCGUGCUCUCUACAACUAUACCGCGGAUGACCACACGAGUCUCAGCUUCCGCCAAGGUGACAUUAUACAGGUACUUAACCAGCUGGAUACUGGAUGGUGGGAUGGCGUCAUGGGCGAUGUGCGCGGCUGGUUCCCGAGCAACUACUGUGCAGUUGUAACAGACCCUGAUUCGAUAGGAUUGGGUGGUGGCCAUUAUGAACAUGAAGGCGCUGACACCAGCGCUGAAUCCGGCGCUGACGACUACGACGACGACGAUGAUGAUUUGGACUCAGAAGGGAACCCCAAGGAUGAGCCGUCAAUCCUCCCCAUCGAGGGAGCAAGAGGCUCGGAACAUGAAGAAGCCGCCUUCUGGAUUCCACAGGCCACUGCUGACGGGCGGCUAUUCUAUUUCAACACUUUGACUGGUCGAAGCACGGCAGAGCUCCCGUUGGAGUCACCCAUGUCCGCUACAGACACUGGCCCACGCGAUCGGACGAAUAUAUUCGUUCCUGAACAGACCCGACCCCCGCCAGAGCUGAUGGUUGGGGGGAUUGAUCGUGACGAGGAUGAUUAUGAUGGUUCCGGAUCGGAGGCUGAAGGUGAAUCGUUAAUACGCUCGUCACACGACUCCGAGUCACGGCGCCGACGGUCGUUUAUUUCAGACGGUGUUUCCCCUGCCACCUCGCUAGACUCAAUAAAUACAGAGCCCAUAGGGAAACCAUACUCUGAGUCCAAACACUCACGACAGUCACCCCAUACCAGCAGCAACCAGUUGGCUCCCAAUAAUGGUAUGAUCUCUUCUGCCCAAGCUGCUCACUUUGACCGACUCUGCGCUCAAUCUAUCUCAUCCACCAUUCCUCGUCAUUUCCUCGAUGACCGCUUGUCUGCACCUCUUACUUGGAAUAAGCUCGUUGGAAACAUGCGCCAAGCGAUCGAUGCCUACAGGCGUGCGAUUAUGGAGGGCCAUCGUGCACAGUACGUGAAACGUGCUGAGGAUAUUUCGGACCAUCUCAGGAUGCUACUUGCUGCAGGCUCUGACACAACUGAUAAUCACUCCGGAAAUCCUUCCAUAAUCUCCACAAACAAAGCAUUGUAUCCGCAUUUCCGCGAUAUGAUGUCCAAAUUCUCGAAACUCGUCCUUUCGUCCCAUAUCGCUGCAGCCGAUUGGCGAGGGCCUGAUUCGGAUGCCAAAUGCCUGCAGGAAGCCGAAGGCGUCUUGCACGGUGUCUAUGGCUACGUUGAAGUCGCAAAACAACAACGAGGCGACGAUAUUAAUCGUCUGGUUCCUGGAUUUGUACAGGGAAGCGCCUCGGGAGGCCAUUGGCAGAAUAACAAUGUGGGAAUUCGAAACUCUACUUCAUUUUUCGACCACGCGAAUCGAGAGUCAGGACUGGAGCCAGCUAUGGUUCUUGAUUCAAACAUCGUUGAUCGAAUUGAAAGUCUGAAGGAUAUGCUUACUGCAAGCGCCCGAAGAUUGGAAGAGAAGCUAUCUCUGUCCGAGAAGACCAUAACUCCAAGAAUACACCUGGCGAUCGCGGAUGCAGUUUGCGCUGCAGGGUCCAGAGUGGUCGAAUGUUUCCAACCGUGGAUAUCGCUUGUGGAGUCUAUUGAUCUUGCUCCCCUCGAACGGAGCUCCCAGAAUCCACAGCUCGUCGACUUCAGCCUCCAAAAGCAACGUGCAUAUGACGGUGUUGCCGAUUUAGUCCUAAGUUGCCAGGCUGUUUCUGCGCCUUUGGCUGAUGAAUGGGCAGAAUUGAGAGGUGAUACUCUCGAAACUCGACUGGCCAGUGUUAGAGCGGUUUCCCGCCAGCUACAGAAUUACAUGACUCAGAUCGGGUUCUCUCUCACCCUGCUCCUCGAGCAAGCUCCUUCAGAAGCGCCUCCAGCUCGAGACAUUGGUAGUGGUGGCGGCCCGUCAAACGUUCCCUCAGGGUCUAUCGGAGUGCCCUCGUCUUAUCCUCCAGCUGAUAGGCAGCCGGUAAAGAGUCGAGCAAAUAUAGAUAAAGCGCAGCGUUUCUUUGGUGAUACCAUCCCAACUGAACCAGCAGUGCCAUGGUUUUUGAACAUUGACCACGAAUCAGAGGUUUUCUAUGACAACAAGGGAGAUGUACCGACGCUCAAGUGUGGCACUCUGGCCGGGUUGGUGGAACAUCUCACGCGCCACGACAAACUUGACACCUCCUUCAACGCGACUUUCCUACUCACAUACCGCUCCUUCACAACCGCAUCUGAGUUGUUCGAGAUGCUGGUACAUCGUUUCACCCUACAACCACCUUACGGACUGGAUAAAGCAGAUUUACAGACUUGGACUGAACAAAAGCAGGUCCCAAUUCGGAUUCGAGUGGUUAAUAUCAUGAAAAAUUGGUUCGAGAAUUACUGGAUGGAACCCAAUGAUGACGUAAACAUACGUCUCCUACAGCGGGUAUACGCAUUCGUCAAAGAUUCGGUUGGCAAGACAAAGACGCCUGGCUCCCAGCAGCUUUUGAGCUUGAUUGAACAGCGCAUGCGUGGCCAAGACACCUCAGCGAAGAGGCUUGUCCCUACCAUCAGCGGCAACGCACCGCCAUCGAUCCUUCCCAAGAAUAUGAAGAAGCUGAAGUUCCUGGACAUUGAUCCGAUGGAAUUCGCGAGACAGCUUACCAUCAUUGAAUCCCGUCUCUAUGCCAAGAUCAAACCUACAGAAUGCCUUAACAAGACAUGGCAGAAGAAACUUGCACCCGACGAGCCUGAUCCGGCAGCCAACGUAAAAGCGCUGAUUCUUCAUUCGAAUCAAUUGACUAAUUGGGUCGCGGAAAUGAUAUUGCAUCAGCAGGAUGUGAAGCGGAGAGUAGUUGUCAUUAAGCACUUUGUCUUGAUUGCAGAGAGAUGUCGCUCAAUGAACAACUACUCCACAUUAACGUCAAUAAUAUCAGCCCUUGGCACAGCACCUAUCCACCGACUGAGUCGCACGUGGGCCCAAGUUAGUGCCCGCAUAUCGGCAGUACUUGAGAAUAUGCGCAGGCUUAUGGCCAGCACGAAAAAUUUCGGGGAAUAUCGCGAGGCUCUACAUCUUGCGAAUCCUCCUUGUAUUCCCUUCUUUGGCGUUUACUUAACGGAUCUUACGUUUAUCGAAGACGGAAUCCCAUCUCUGACGCAAUCGCAUCUGAUCAACUUCAACAAGCGAGCCAAGACAGCCGAAGUUAUCCGCGACAUCCAGCAGUAUCAAAAUGCGCCAUACCCAUUCCAUCCCGUCCCAGAGCUCCAGGAUUACGUGCUUAGCAAUAUGCAGGCAGCCGGCGACGUGCACGAAAUGUACGAGCGCAGUCUCGAGAUCGAGCCGAGAGAACGCGAAGAUGAAAAAAUAGCGAGAUUGCUUUCGGAAUCGGGCUUCUUGUAGCCUCCAUCUACCUAAACGCUUCCAAGCGCAGGGGCCCUAGGGCGCGGCGCCCCGCCGCCACCCCCGCUCCCAUGGCACCAUCAACUCCCCAGCCCUUGCUUGGCCUACUCGCUUUCUCUUGACUACGACUACCUCUAGACCCGAUGUUGAUGGUGAUGGAUGGUAGGCGGGGCGGGCCGAAAGAAAUCUAGUUGCAUCGCCCGUUUUCAGCCCUCUACUUGGCAGCCCGUGCCGCCACUCACAGUUACUCCAGACGUCCACGCAUCGAGUCGUAGUAGCUGUCAUUUUGCUUCCGCCGUCUAACGCUAAAGCUCUGGUGGCGCUUCCCAUUCAGGUCAACUUCAUCCAACAUACUCUUUACACUGGAUGAGCGAGAGGAUCAGCCACCCCUUUCGUCACGUUGGCUUCGUGCUAGGGAACUCGAAAUGGGAUCCAUCCAUCCAUUCCUCCCUCGCGGGCAUAUUUCAUCUCUCGCCCGCUCUUGGGGGAAAUAGAUGUGCCUGAUGAUGGCGGUCCGUCUUUCUGAUUCCGCUCUAUGUAUCCGUCUGUUUCGAACGAGUUUCCGCAAACCAGUUCACCCAGGCUCGUCGGCGGCCCUUCAAGUGACUUAUAUACUAUACUGAGUAUUCAUUGAGGCUGAGGAGGGCCAUACCAAGAGAUCUUGGGCAUCAAACACCAUCCGGUGCUGUUUGUCAAUAUUGAUAGCAGAAGAGCAACGCACAAAACAAUUAUCACUUCGAUUGAAAUUAAUCAGUGCGAGAAAAUGGAUAGGAGUCUGUGACCACUGGCUCCUACCAGUUAGUGUGAUUCUUCGGGAGAUGGUGUCCUGUCUCGUCUCGAUCGAUGGCGUAUGAGAGGCGGCGGAAUCGGAUGAAAAGAGGACCAUCACGAGCUAUGAUUUUGCUCGGGUCAUGAAACUGUAUGUCCGUGUUCCGUGACAGCCCCACGGGACGGGACGGGAUGGGAUGAGUUGAGGGCGUGAAGUUAACUCAGCGACGGAUGGGUCAGGACUAUCCCCGCCGCCCGUUGUACAUUCUGCAUACCACAUGCAUAUGCAGGUGUUGAGGGACGACAGCUACCUUCUGCUGUCAACGUUAUUAUGGCGUCGUUCCGCAGUUCAUCUCGCACGGGGGAUCCAUACAGUCAUCUUCGAAUCCCCCACUUCUGCCAUUUUUCCCUUUCGCAUCUUGUUAAUGGAUAAUAAUAUCAUAUUCCAUUCCGUGCAGUUUCCUUCUCCUUUUUGCUCGGGGCCUUUUUACCCGCUGGUCGGCAUUAUGCACUACGGAGGGGUAUCUUAUCUCUUAAUGGAAGCUGUUUUUUCGAUUUGUUUUUUGAGCAUAUAUAUUUUUGUUCCUGGAAUUGAUAGAGAGGUCUUUGUCUGUCUGUCUGGUUGUCUGCCUGGUUGUCUGUCAUGCAUGUUUGUAAACUGUUAUAACUCUUGCUCGUGUUUGUUUAAGGGUGGAACGGCUUUUCUUUAUAUCGUUUCUAUUUCUCAUAUAUUUAUCUCAUGUCUUGGUUUGUGCAAUGCUCCGUUUCCUCUCUUUCUUCUUGUUGCUAUGCUCUAUACAAGCCCAGUUUACAUGCUAUGCUAUGCUAUGAUAUGAUAUGACAUGAAAUGAUAUCUCUCUACACAUACAUCCCCUUCAUGUGUUCCUGUUUCCGUUUUCUUGUUUAUUUCAUUCCCUUGAUUGCACUUCAUAGGGUCCAGGGGGGGGGGGGGGGGGUGAUUAAAUGAUUGUAGAGAGAAGACACGGAGUAUGAAAAGGAUUGACAGAGACAAAGAAACCCAGCUCUUUUCCAGUGCAGGGUGCGUUGUUCCUUUUGGCUAGGCAGUUAAGUUACUACUUUCCUUCUAGAAUCACGAACUACUUUCUUACCUGCAUGGGGUGGGGGGAUGACAAGAUGACGACGGAUGACAGUUCGCCAUGUUUCUCUUGACGGCCUUGCUCUGUCAGCCCUACCUACAUACAUACUAUCAAUACAUCUAAAUGUUAUAUACCAACCAUGCCCUAACGGAUAUGGAUGGGCAAAGGUGGGAUGGAAAUCUCGACACGAAAAAGCGGCUGGGAAACGAUAUUAACGAAACGAGGCUGUAGGGGGAGCCUGUGUUCAUAACACACACACGAGCACACACAUAUACGAGAGUAGAGAUGAGGGAUGACAGGCAGACAGGUGAAAUGGAAGUGGGUUUCAUUGAUUCGGAGUGGAUGGAUAUGGGCGGUUUUCUGACUUCGUCUUUUUUUUAAUUUUUUUUUUUUUUAUUAUUUAAUCUCAUCUGAUGUUAAUAAUGAAUAUGUAAUCCCAUCCCUUCCCCUCCCCCUCAUCCCCCCCCAUCCCAUCGCAAUCCUCCUCCUACCCUACAAACACACCCCAGUCUACCUCGCCCAGGAACCUACCCCAGUACAUCAUUUCUUAAAUGCUACCUACCGUCCCUGAACCCUGAACCCUGCACGUAUAACAUCGGAUAUUAUCAUUAGCGGAUCUCCGCUCGUAUCCUAUCCGGCCGAACGGCCUUCUUUUUACUGUUGGGAACCAGGUCCUAGCCACGCUUGGGCUAGCUGGGGAUAGAUGUGUCUAGGGCGCAGUAGCGUCUGAUUUCCCCGGUCGAUCCACCGCCCGCCGGCAUAUGCGUCGCUGCGGUGGACAUCCGGCGUAGUUACCAAGUUACCAUGCCUUGACGGUUUCUUCGUCUUCGUCUGUGAUUUGUUUGGGCGAGGAGCUGCUUUUGGGUGGUGGGAUCGUUUGGCGGCUUACUCCGUAAUAUUGCGGAUGGGAUGGGGAAGAAGGCCUAGAGCUCUGAUCUCGUUAGUGCGGUUCUAUCCCGUGAAAUUAGGUCGUGCAAGGAAGUGUAUGUAUGUACUACUGUAACAUGCAUGUAUUCCCCUGCUGAAGGUCUGAGCCUGUGAUCUAGGAAGGUGGGCAGGUGAGGUGGAUAAAAUGCCAGGAACUAUUAUUGGGCAUCUCAAACUCGCUAUUCAACUAUUUAUACAGAGGAGGAGCUAUAAUUUGCCGCUGCACAUCUGCGCUCUCGCCGUCUUCAAGGAGGUGAUGUUGAGAAUGGGCGUCUGGCAUGUUGACAGGAACCGAGUCCCUGUCGCUGAUUUUAGAAGUCUGGACCUGUGCAAUCAGCUCAAGGUUGGAGGCGAUCCACGAGGUUGUUACCCCGCUUGGGUGAUGAUAUAUCCUCUUGUAAGGCAUGGUUUCCAGCCAUCUCCGCCUCCUCUGUGGAAGGGAAGGGUGUUUCCAACUCAACAUGGGCAAAGCAUCUUCUAUCGGUUGUCGGGCGUUGGGGAUUAGGUGAACGAUGUGGAGUAGCUGAUAUUUAAGCGUACUUGUCGCAAAACUCACUGGUGAAAUAUACCCUGCGAGAGAAAUAGCCGCUGUGUCACAUUUUCCUUCAAGAUUGUCUAGAUGGGUCUGGGUGGAUGGGAGAGGGUGAGCGCGCUGAAUAGCCAUUCAACGCUUCCGCCCUGAGAUGUUGUACUGUAAUAUUGAACUCUAACAUCCCCCCAUGAAGAAAAGAAGCUGCACGCUCUACCUACGUUGUUUGGCCAUUGUGCAAUUCUUGCCACUUGGUAUUUUAGCACCACAGCGCUUCGAUAUCUGCCUCAUCACAUCCGUUCGCAUUCGUCUGCUCAACUUCGUCCAGAGCCCACCGCAUACGUCCCUCCGAUGAAGCAAUGAAGCAGAACACAGCGGCGGGGUAGUGCGUGCUGGGGAGCAUAGCAUAAGUUGAUGAACACUUUCGUUGGUCCUGAGGGUGAGAUCACUGUCCUUCCCAACCUUUGACAUCAGGUAUCGAAAACGGCUGGGUCGAAAGCGUUCACAGCCAGUUUCACCGACCAUACGCUCGCGCCGGGAAUAGCUAUAUCUGAGAUGUAUGAUGCGUGCUGCCAGGAAUCCGGGGUGCAAGAGAUUGUGAAAAAGGAAAUUAUGUGUGUAUCGAAAAAAAAGAUUCGUGAUAAUUAUUAUUUAAGAUAGGGUAGAAGCCG